GUGAAACCACAUUCACUCAUUUAUGUAGUACUAUACUAUCAUUCUCUUGUCUAGUUGAACUUUCAACUACUCAACACCAUUAUCGCAUUCCUUAUUCCCUUCGGCGAGAGAGCAACAGAGAUACAAAAUCUUGCACAAAUGGGAGAAAAAGAGGAAGGGAAAACAACUAUGAAGACAUUGGAGAAAGAAAGCAUGGAGAACAAUGAGGAACAUGUGACUGAGAGUGAUCACAAGAUUAACUACAGAGGAUGGAAGGCCAUGCCUUUCAUCAUAGGAAAUGAAACUUUUGAAAAAUUGGGUGCCAUUGGCACCUUAGCCAACCUUUUAGUCUAUCUCACCACAGUGUUCAACCUCAAGAACAUCACAGCCACCAAUAUAAUCAACAUCUUCAGCGGCAGCACCAACUUUGCUACCUUGAUAGGUGCCUUCUUAUCGGACACCUACUUUGGUCGCUACAAGACAUUAGGAUUCUGUACCUGCACUUCCUUUUUGGGAUUGAUAGUGAUACAACUUACAGCAGUAUUUAAGAAUCUGCAUCCACCUCACUGUGGAAAGGAGAGCAAAACAUGCAAAGGGCCAACUACAGGGCAAAUGGCUUUUUUGGUGUCUGGAUUCGGAUUGUUGUUGGUGGGUGCUGCAGGGGUUAGACCAUGUAAUUUGGCAUUUGGAGCUGAUCAGUUCGAUCCAAAUACAGAUUCAGGGAAAAAGGGGAUCAAUAGUUUCUUCAAUUGGUACUUUUUUACCUUCACUUUUGCUCAGAUGGUCUCUUUAACGCUAAUUGUCUAUGUACAGUCAAACGUGAGCUGGGCAAUAGGGUUGGGAAUACCAGCUGCUUUGAUGCUCAUAUCUUGUAUAGUGUAUUUCAUGGGGGCCAAAAUCUAUGUUAAAGUUAAACCAAGUGGUAGUCCUAUAACUAGUAUUGUGCAAGCUUUAGUGGUUGCAAUCAAAAAGAGGAAUCUAAAACUACCUGCAGAACCUCCAAUGCUUUUCAACUAUGUGCCUCCCAAAAGUGCUAAUUCUAAGCUACCUUACACGUAUCAGUUCAGGAUAUUGGAUAAAGCAGCCAUUGUGACCCCACAAGACAAAAUAAACCAAGAUGGAUCUGCAGCUGAUCCAUGGAAUCUUUCCAGCAUACAGCAAGUGGAGGAGGUGAAAUGUGUGGUGAGAGUGUUGCCUAUAUGGUUUUCAGCCAUUUUGUAUCAUCUAGUCAUUGUCCAAAUGCACACUCUCCUAGUGUUUCAAGCCCUUCAAUCUGAUAGGCGUUUUGGACAUAGCAACUUCAAGAUCCCUGGUGCAUCCUACAAUGUCUUCUUAAUGUUGAGCAUGACCUUGUGGCUACCAAUUUAUGAUAGAAUAGUAGUCCCUUUUCUGCGUAGAGUCACAGGUAAAGAGGGUGGCAUCACACUCCUUCAGAGGAUGGGAAUUGGCAUUUUUCUCUCAGCGCUAAGCAUGCUAGUAGCUGCUGUAGUUGAAGAGCAUAGAAGAAGUUUGGCUCUAACCAAACCUAUAGGAAUGCAACCAAGAAAAGGUGCUAUUUCAUCAAUGUCAGGACUAUGGUUAAUUCCUCAGUUAGCUCUAGCUGGUCUAUCUGAAACAUUUACUGCGGUUGGACAAGUUGAAUUGUACUAUAAGGAAUUCCCUGAGAAUAUGAGAAGCAUUGCAGGCUCACUUUUCUACUGUGGCAUGGCGGGGUCUAGUUAUUUGAGUACUUUUCUGAUUUCAAUUGUUCAUAGAAUCACCGCCAAAUCUGCAAUGGGGAAUUGGUUGCCAGAAGAUCUUAACAAGGGGAGAUUGGAUUUCUUUUAUUACAUGAUUGCUGCUCUAGAAAUCAUGAAUUUGGGGUACUUUCUAAUGUGUUCAAGGUGGUACAAGUAUAAAGAAACUAGCAGCAGUAACCUUGAACUUAACCAAAUGCCCAAACAAUCUGAAACAUCCACUAUUAGUGUGUAACGCUAUGUAAUAUAUGAAAUUGUUAUAAUAAUAGUUAUAGGUAGAAUUUAAAGUAAUUUAUUUUCAGCCUUAACGAAAAAAUAUAUGUUGUUACUCUUUAUAUUCAUCUUCAUACUUUAUCUUA